UCAUGACGAACGUGUCAAACUAGUUGCUACUUCUAGCUUAUUUGGCCGCCAACAUAAAUAUACGUAUAAAAAUACACGUAUAUAUAUACAUCUGACUGUGUAUACAUACAGUUCGUUGUGGCGAGGCAAUAUCAGUCUGUCUCUCUCUUCUCUCUCUUCGCGUUCUUAUUUAUUCUUAUCUUCCUCUCCUUUCUCUCUCUCUCUCUCUUCUCCUUUCUCUUUCUACAAAAUGAUGUCUCAGCCGACACCCACCUCAUCUUAAUCCUUCUUCUUCAUCGCUCGUGUUUUCGCUGCACAAAACAGAUACGACGUCGUUGUUGAGCAAUUGAUGACAAGAGAUCCUGUGCUGUGAGGUAGAACGAGAGAAAGAGAGGACGACGACGACGAAGGAGGGUGAUCAGAAACGGUUGACGUGGUUGUUUUUUUUUCUCUUUUGUUGUCUAAUUUAUCCAUGGAUGUCUUGGUGGGUCCCACUUAUGGCAUGAAGGCGUCUGUGCCGUCAACGCCGUCGUCGACGUGCGUCCGAGACCGGAGCGAUGGUGUUGCUGCUGCAGCGCAGGAUAAGCCGACGUGCUUGUUCUUGAAGAGUAACGGCGGAGAAAAAGAAGAAGAAAAUAAAUCGGAUGAUUCUUCGGAAAGUUUGUCGUCCAUCGGGGAUCCUGAUAACAGCGAAGAAGAAGAAGAAGAGAAGGAAGACGCAAACUCCGCCGCCGCCGCUGCCACUGCAUCGUCGUCGAAGUUGACAAAGAACUCCACCCUUUGUUUGGAUUCAUUAGAAGACUCUCUUCCGAUCAAGAGAGGAUUAUCGAAUCACUACAGUGGGAGAUCGAAAUCAUUUGCGAAUCUAUCUGAUGUGAGCACUGUGGAGGAUCUGCGGAAGGAAGAGAAUCCAUUUAACAAGAGAAGAAGAUUGCUUAUGGCGAACAAGUUAUACAGAAAAAACAGAAGAUCGUCUUUUUACUCUUGGCAGAACCCGAUAUCUAUGCCUCUUCUUCCAGCUCUUGAAGAAGAAGAAGAUGAUGAUGAUGAUCAUCAUCAUCCUCGCCAAGUUCAAAACUUGUCUUCGUGUAAACAAGGAGCAGCAGAGAAAGAAGAAGAAGAACAACAACAACAACCGAUCAAAAACCCACCAACAAAAAUGUUAAAUGGAAGCGGGUUGAAGAUUGGUUUCAAGUCAAAAAGCUGUUUCUCGCUUGCAGAUCUGCAAGAAGAUGAAGAUGAAGAUGAAGAUGAAACAAAAGAAGAUGAUCAGUGGUAGAAUGUUUAGGGUGUGGAAAUGGAAGAACAAUUUUUAAUGAAUGUAAAUAAAUAAUCGAAUGAAAAAAAUGGUUUCAGGUGCCAA